CCGCCCGCCACGCCCGCGGGGCUGGGCGCCGGCGGGGACCGCGUCUGCUUCAACUUGGGCCGCGAGCUCUAUUUCUACCCGGGCUGCUGCCGCCGCGGGAGCCAGCGGUCCAUUGACCUCAACAAGCCCAUCGACAAGCGGAUCUACAAGGGCACCCAGCCUACCUGCCAUGACUUCAACCAGUUCACUGCUGCCACGGAGACCAUCUCCCUGCUGGUGGGCUUCUCGGCUGGCCAGGUGCAGUACCUGGACCUCAUCAAGAAGGACACCAGCAAGCUCUUCAAUGAGGAGCGCCUGAUUGACAAGACCAAAGUGACCUAUCUGAAGUGGCUGCCGGAGUCAGAGAACCUGUUCCUGGCUUCUCACGCCAGCGGCCACCUGUACCUGUACAACGUGAGCCACCCCUGCGCCUCGGCGCCGCCCCAGUACAGCCUGCUGAAGCAGGGCGAGGGCUUCGCCGUCUACGCGGCCAAGAGCAAGGCGCCCCGCAACCCGCUGGCCAAGUGGGCGGUGGGUGAGGGGCCCCUCAACGAGUUCGCCUUCUCCCCCGACGGCCGCCACCUGGCCUGUGUCAGCCAGGACGGCUGCCUGCGCGUCUUCCACUUCGACUCCAUGCUGCUGCGGGGACUCAUGAAGAGCUACUUCGGGGGCCUGCUGUGCGUGUGCUGGAGCCCCGACGGCCGCUACGUGGUGACGGGAGGCGAGGACGACCUGGUCACCGUGUGGUCCUUCACCGAGGGCCGCGUGGUGGCCCGGGGCCACGGCCACAAGUCGUGGGUCAACGCCGUGGCCUUUGACCCCUACACCACGCGGGCCGAGGAGCCGGCAUCGGCCAGCAGGGACGGCGACAACGGAGACACGGGGGACCCGAGUGGCGAGGAUGAUGAUGAGGAUCCCGAGGCCGGGCCUGGCGGUGGUGGCAGCAGCGGGGCGCCCUUGUCCCCGCUGCCCAGGGCUGGCUCGGUCACCUACCGCUUCGGCUCAGCCGGCCAGGACACGCAGUUCUGCCUGUGGGACCUCACGGAAGACGUGCUGUCCCCGCACCCACCCCUGGCGCGGGCCCGCACCCUCCCGGGCACACCGGGUGCCACGCCGCCAGGCCCAGGCCCUCUGCCCCGCUCCCUGUCCCGCUCCAACAGCCUGCCGCACCCUGCGUUCAGCAUCGGCCGCUUCGCCACCCUCACGCUGCAGGAGCGGCGGGAGCGCGGCGGCGCCGACAAGGAGCACAAGCGCUACCACAGCCUGGGCAACAUCAGCCGCGGUGGCUCGGGUGGCGGUGGCGGCGACAAGCCCAGUGGCCCGGCCCCCCGCAGCCGCCUGGAUCCUGCCAAGGUGCUGGGCACUGCGCUCUGCCCUCGCAUCCACGAGGUGCCGCUGCUCGAGCCACUGGUGUGCAAGAAGAUCGCCCAGGAGCGGCUCACGGUCCUGCUGUUCCUGGAGGACUGCAUCAUCACCGCCUGCCAGGAGGGCCUCAUCUGCACCUGGGCCCGGCCCGGCAGGGUGUUCACAGACCAGGAGGCCGAGGCCCAGGCAGGGGAAGGAAGUUGGCCCAGGUCACCCAGCGAGUCAGUGGUAGAGGGGAUCUCCUCCCAGUCAGGCAACUCCCCAAGUGGCACUGUGGUGUGAAGCUGUGGAUGCCGGGGGUCCCCACCUGAUACCCCCAUUCUCCUAGCCGUGACCCUCCCCGCUGGCCUCACGGAUCAACGUAUUAACAAGACUAACCAUGAGCGAAGGACUGCUCCAAGCCCCGGCCCUGCACACCCGUGGGGUCCCCCAGGCGGGCCCAGUGUGGGGAGAGUGGCCUCUGUAGCCUCUUCCUCGUCCCCACCCACUGCCAAGUGCAAUGACCCCCCUGGUCUGAAAUGUCAGUGUUGUCCCCAGCCCUGUCCCCAGCAUGCGACAGGACCCUCGCGGGAGAGUCCUCGCCCACCGGAGCCCCAGCCCCACAGCAGAGGGCUGCCCCCUCCCCUUGCUGUUGUCUGUGCUUCUGAAGAGUGUUAAAUCUGGGGGUCCCCCCUCCCCCGGGCCCUCCCUGUCCCCCAGGACUCUUAUUUAUACUAAAGU